GUCCGACUGCCGAGAGAGAGACAGAGCUCGGAGAAGGCAACGCCCAAUCGCCCACGCUUCCACCUCCCCCUCCACGAGGCAAGGAAGGAAACCCUAGGCAACGACCAUGGCGCUGCUCCCGCGCACGGCCCGGCUGGCCCUCCUCUCCGCGUCGCCGCGGACGUACUCCGCCGCCGCCGCCGCGGGCGCCUCCCCGACCCCACCGGCGCCCUACGCGGGCGUGCCUCCGCCGGCGGCGGGGUCCAAGGCGGCCGAGUUCGUCGUCUCCAAGGUGGACGACCUCAUGAACUGGGCGCGAAGGGGCUCGAUCUGGCCCAUGACCUUCGGGCUCGCCUGCUGCGCCGUCGAGAUGAUGCACGCUGGCGCCGCCCGCUACGACUUCGACCGAUUCGGCGUCAUCUUCCGCCCGUCCCCGCGCCAGUCCGACUGCAUGAUUGUCGCCGGCACGCUCACCAACAAGAUGGCGCCCGCCCUCCGCAAGGUUUAUGAUCAGAUGCCCGAGCCACGUUGGGUCAUUUCGAUGGGCAGCUGUGCCAAUGGUGGUGGAUACUACCACUACUCCUACUCUGUUGUGCGCGGAUGCGACCGCAUUGUUCCUGUGGACAUCUACGUCCCUGGAUGCCCCCCAACUGCUGAGGCCCUACUGUACGGUGUUCUCCAGCUCCAGAAGAAGAUCAACAGGCGCAAGGAUUUCCUUCACUGGUGGACCAAGUGAAGCGCCGUUUGUUACUGUUCUGGCUUGUUAUAUUUGUUUUUGAUUCUACACUGAAAUAAGGACGUUGUGCUCGGACGUGCAAAACUUGCUGUUGUUUGUGCCUGGUUGGAUGUAUGCACGGGCUGUGCGGAUGA